GAUGAUGGUGUUGAGUGGGGCUGGGAUUAGCAGGAGACGAAUGAGUUUCAAUUUUACUGGAUUACAGAACAAAGAAAGGGGAAAGGGACACCCUGCUCUGUUAGGGGAAAAAAACAGAAUAAACUCAGAAAAACACACAAAUAAAAGGCUGUAAGGCUCACGGUCGAAGACAUCGCUGCGAUUAUGCGGAUUACGAUAUUUUAGCGGACGGCGCGGCUACAUUGUGGAUGGGAUUUGGGAGCGUUUCUGAUGGAUUAAAACGGGGGAAUAAACCGGGAUUGACAGCAGCAACAAGGCUAUUUAAUCGCUAAUUAAGAGACAUGGCUCAGAUGAGGAAGCUGGCAUGUGAUGGCAUCAGGACGAACUCCCGCGGAGAGCAGCAGGUCCCGUUGGUGUCAGCCAGACAGGAGAUCCUCACCAGCCUGGUGUCUGCCCUCGAUUCGGUGUGCAUGGCCAUGUCCAAACUCAACGCGGAGGUGGCGUGCGUCACCGUGCACGAAGACAGCGUGAUCGCCGUGGGAACAGAAAAAGGCAGAGUGUUCCUCAACUCCAGGAGGGAAAUCCAAACAGACUUCUACAAGUUUUGCCGGGUUCCAUGUCUGCAGAAUCUGACCACAGCAAACGCCCAUACCAAAGACCAGGAAGGUGACGUGAGCAAACUGAGUAAAGAUGGAGAGCACGGAAAAGCGAGAGCGCCAUCGGAGACCCCGUCCAACAUCUUUGUUCUGAGGAAGAUGGUGGAGGAAGUCUUUACUGUCCUUUACAGUGAGGCUGUGGGGAAGAGCAGCCUGAUCCCUGUGCCUUACGAGUGGAUCCAGAAGGACCCGGGAUGCGUGACGGCCCACGGUUUGCCCGAUGGAGUCGCCCUGAAGAAGCCCUCGGAGUACGACACCAAUACCCUGAUGAAGAUCCUGGAGCAGAGCCACCGGAUCCACUUCACUGUCAAAAAGCAAACAGACGACUCGCCUCGAGAAGCCAAGUCCAGCUUGGACGUCAGUAACAGCUCUUCCAGCAGCGUCAUGGCGCAGAGCAGCCACAGUGCAGGAAAGACCUCCGCCCAGACGGUCACCUCACCCAGCCCCGCCUACUGCAGCAACUCCGUUCUGUCUAACUUCCUGUACGGCAUGCCCAUGUCCUCCAAACCUCAUCCAGACGGCAUGCUGGACUUCAAACCAACGUCCCUCCUCAACCUGGGCAAAGACCGGCUGUCCAGCUGGACAUCAGGGACGGACAAGGGCUCCUCUGUAAAGGACAGUGCCAACAGUGACGAGCCAACGAGGCUGCCGGGUGAGCAGGGUCAGAGUCCUCCUGGAAUCCACAUCUCCAAGAGGCUGCUCUUCUCCAUCGUGCAUGAAAAGUCAGAAAAGUGGGACCUGUUCAUCAGGGAAACUGAAGACAUCAACACGCUGAGGGAAUGUGUUCAGAUCUUGUUCAACAGCCGAUACGCCGAGGCGUUGGGUCUAGACCACAUGGUGCCUGUCCCCUACCGUAAAAUCGCCUGCGAUCCCGGAGCCGUGGAGAUCAUCGGCAUCCCCGAUCAGAUCCCCUUCAAGAGGCCGUGCACGUACGGAGUCCCGAAGCUCAAACGCAUCCUGGACGAGCGCCACGGGAUCAGGUUCAUCAUCAAACGAAUGUUUGAUGAAAGGAUUUUUACUGCUGCUGGUAAGCUAGCGCGGGAGGAGGGGAGGCUCGAUCUGAGCGCCACGCCCGACGACGGCUUCUGCGACGGUCUGAGCAUGCUCCCCACCGCGACCGAGCUGCUCAGCAACCCUCACAGCAGCAGAUCAACGAGUGCGUGUGUGAGCCCCCAGGCCGACUGUGAAGCAGGUCCUUCCAGUGACGGCGUUCCUCUGAGGAGGAUUAAAACAGAACCUCCAGAUGGGGACGUCGUCCCGGUGAUGGUGCCUGCAGUAGAAGCCAGCACCAGUGGGGAGGAGCCCAGUGAGCUCGGGUCCGAUCCCGGUCCAGCUGCGCCGUGUCCGGCCACAGCCACCCCCUCGGCUCCCCCUCCUCCUCCCUCGGCUCCCCCUGCUACUCCAGCUCCCCCGGCUCCUCCUCGCCCCGUGGAAAACCACUCAGCUGAAGCCUCGUCUCCCAGCGCGUCCUCCCACAUCAUCAGGAGACCCUCUGAAGCUGGGACUCUGGUGGAGGACAUCGGUGAGAUGAUUCUUCAGCUUCGGAGACAAGUGGAGAACCUCUUCAGCAUUAAAUACGCCGAAGCCCUGGGCCUCCCUGAACCAGCCAAGGUGCCGUAUUCCAAAUUCCAGAUGUAUCCGGAGGAUUUGUACGUCACCGGGUUGCCGGAGGGAAUCUCCCUCCGGAGGCCAAACUGCUUCGGAGCGGCCAAACUCCGCAAGAUCCUGGCUGUUGGCGGCCAGAUCCAGUUUUUCAUUAAAAGGCCGGAACUUUUAACAGAACACUUUAAACAAGAAAUGCCUUCCAUGCCCUGUGAUGCAGAUUUGGACGUCAACGACACAACGCCAAUAACCGAGGACGCAGCAGCGAUUUCCAAGAGGACCGGAUUCUCAGAGUGCAUGGAGUCCAAGCUGUCCAGGAUCGACCUGGCCAACACGCUGCGAGAGCAGGUCCAGGAUCUGUUCAACAGGAAGUACGGCGAGGCUUUGGGCAUCAAGUAUCCCGUCCAAGUGCCUUACAAGCGAAUCAAGAACAACCCGGACUCGGUCAUCAUCGAAGGCCUCCCGCCCGGCAUCCCCUUCAGGAAGCCCUGCACCUUCGGCUCCCAGAACCUGGAGAGGAUCCUGGCGGUCGCCGACAAAAUCUGCUUCACCAUCACCAGACCGUUUCAGGGACUCAUCCCAAAACCAGCACCUCGGAGAGUCACCUUGCUGAAGAAGGCCUACGCUUCCAUAAGCGACGACGACGACGUCAAUCGAAUGGGAGAGAAAGUCGUCCUCCGGGAGCAAGUCAAGGAGCUUUUCAACCAGAAAUACGGUGAGGCUCUGGGCUUGGACCGCUCCAUCGUGGUCCCCUACAAACUCAUCCGAGGCAGUCCAGAGUCCGUGGAAGUCAGCGGGCUUCCGGACGACGUCGCCUUCCGAAACCCGAACACCUACGACAUCGUGUGUUUGGAGAAAAUCCUUCAGGCUGCAGAUAAAAUCACGUUCAGCAUCAAGAGCCAGCUCCAGCCGUUUGCAGAAAUCUGCAGCCAGACGUGCAACACGGCAGAAACGGAGGCCUCGACUAACCGACGGAAACGCAAGAGAGUGCAGGAGAGCAGCCGGGUUCCUGCUUCCCCCGAGCUGGGAAUUUCCACCAAUCAGAUUCCAGUCAUGCAGUGGCCCAUGUACAUGGUGGACUACAGCGGGGUCAACGUUCAGGUUCCUGGGAAGGUCAAUCACUGAAGGACAAAGCUGAACUACGGCAAAGGGACAACUCUUCCAGAAAAGACGGAGACGAAACGAGGAACGGCAGAAUGUUGGAACGUCAAUCAGCAGCAGGACGACGUUCCCGUCGGCACCGGGUGAAGGCAGGACGGCUGUCGGCGUCCCUUCUAAAGGCGGUCGUAACCGGAUUUGGAUCUGAACUUUUAUUUCUCAGCUGGAAGCCUCAUUGAAGUAGUUUUCCUUUAAAAGCUGUCCAUCCGCUGAGUCGUGUUAGGAUGUGAUGUAGUGCUGACUUUGAUAAACCACCUGGUUCCAUUAAUAUCAGAUAUUUGUACUUUUUAUUUAUUAUAUUUAUUGAACUAUAACAACACGUGCAGGGAUGUAAAAUAGAUCACUCGGCUCUGUGAGAGACCUUGGCUACAUCUGCAGACUCUCCCGGACACGCGGGCUCGGCCGGCGGUCCACGGAGCAGCGGGGGCUUCCUGCGGGGAGCGCCGCUCAGCUAGCAGCCUUUUCUAUCUUCCCACCGCAUUAACCUGUAAAGUACGCCAGACUGAAUGUAUCAUGUAAAGAAAAGAUUGGUAUGUUACUCUGCGAUGACGUCUCUGGACUAACUAUAUUUAAUAUGCUGUACCUUAACGCCAGUUAGGCCUUCAAAAUAAAAUGUGUUGCCUUGCA